GGGUGGAGGGGACAUUUGAAGAGCCAGGAGCCGCUGUUCCCCGAGCUCGCUUAUGGGGGUUGGGGGGCUGCAUAUCCCGGGUGGGGAUACCAGGUCCCCUCCGUGGAUUAGGGGCGCCACCGACACCCUCAGCCCCUCCUGUGUUCCUGGGAGCACGGCCGGCGGGGAGGGGGUGCAUCCUGGUCACUGAGGGGGCGAGAACACCCCAGCCCGUCUGGGGCAGCCCCCCUUCGCCUUCUCUCCCUCCGCCCCCGCCUUCCUGCGUCUGGGUCUCAUCUUUCUGCCUCUCCACAUCUCUCCAGGGUCCUGUCCUGCACAGUCUAUCUGGCUCUCUGAGUCCCUGUCCCCGUGCCCCUGUCUCUCAGUCCCUCACUCCAGCCUCUGUCCCCCUGGUUCCCUCUGUGCCCCGGUCUGUCCUGUGUCUUUUCAGGGAUUCUGUCUCUAAGUCCCUGGUUUCUUUCUCCUUCACCAUAUGUGUAUGUCUCUCUAUCUCUCUCUCUCCAGUCUCUGCUCUCCUGUCUCUUCUAUCUCUGUGGGUGUCCCCCUGUCUCUUCUUGCCCCUCUCCCUCCUCUCCAUCACCCGUCUGUAGGUAUGUGGUCUCUGUUUCUCGGUCUCUCUCUUCCCUAAUAGCGGGUUAACUCUCCUCCUACACACCUUGGUCCCCGCCCCUGGCAAGGGGGAGACCUGGAGGGAGAAGAUCGUCCCCUCCCCAGGGUGGGCUCCCUCAGAAGGUGCGGAGUCCCCCCAAACUCCUCCAAGCUCCCUCCCAUCCUCCCAGCUGCCUCGCUGGUGCCCCAUCCCUCCCCUGAGGCCAGAGCUCUUCUCUUCUCCCCUGCCUUGUGUCUGGCAUUCUGGGGCCAGUCCUUCUUGCAGUCUACCCUAUACCCUUUGUGGUGGAGCCGGCCCCAGUCCUUCCAUCUUGCCUCCCCAUUCCUCUUCAUAGAGACUGGACCAGUCCUUCCUGCAGUCUGACUUCUGUUCCUCUUUCGCCCAUUUGUCCAUUGCUUGCUCGACUCCUCCCUUCUUUUGGCAGUUACUGAGCACCUUUCCUACACCAGGCACAACACUAGGCACUGGGGCGAGUCAGGCCAGUCCCUCCCGCAGCCUCACCUCCAUCCCUCUCAUUGUACUAGCCUCAGACCUGUCUCUCCGUGGGGGUGGAUCUCAGAAAUUCUCCACCAUCCCUUGGGGGUUCCGAGAGGGCCCCUCUGAGUCUGGAGGUCCCUGGCCAGGGACCAAUACAUCUUCUUCUUUCCUGGGGGGAAGGCGGACCCAAAGAAGGUGGGUGGGGAGUGAGCGACUAGGGGAGAGGUGUGAACCUAGCCAGUAGCCCAGGCUGCGAUGGGGUGAGGUCCUCAAAUAUCCACAUGGGGCCCGGCUGGCUUCAGAAGAACACCAGGUUAGGAGUUCCAUGCCUUGAGUUUCCAUCCUUCCUUGCCCCUGUUCCGAAGCUGCUUGACCUGACCAAGCUCUUUCCCCCUCCAGACCUCAGUUUACCCAUCAAUGUGUCGUAGCCCUGAGCACGGAGACUCUGUGUGACACUCCCCACCCAGAGCAGGAUACGGAGUGGUGCUAGGAGAGCCUGGCUCACCCUGGAGCAGUAAGUGGGUGUGUUUAGAAGCCCGUUGUGUCCCUGCCUAGAAAUCCCUCCAAGGGGUGGCAGGCAACCCCUGCCCCCACCAGAGCACAAGCAGAAACUGCCACCUCCAUCACCAGUGCGAGGGACAUGCAAGAGGGAGGAGGUCCCACCUGGCACACCAGACUGCCCCCCUCACGCUUGCAGUCCCACUCUAGGCAGGUGUCUGAGACCCUGAGGGGUGUGUGAGGCAGAACCAGGGUGCUCACCACCGACCCAGCUGGCCACCUGCCUGCGAGGGUGGGGAGACAUGGAGAGAUGCCACCAGCUGCCCUCCGGACUCCUACCCUGGCCUCAACCUGAUCCUUUUGCCCCUGGAUUCUAAACCCAGAUUAGGUUUCAAGGCUGCUGGUGGAUGGAGAGAGGCAGAUGCAGGCGUCUCUAGCAGAGGAAGCCCAGCUGUCCCCAGCGACAAGGCUCAGAGCUCUUGGUCGUUCAUCUCACAAAUAUUUAUCUAGUACUUUCUCCGACCCCACCUCCCCUAAGGGCCUUGGUGAGAGGAAACCACGUUUUACAGGAAAAGGGCUGCUUGGCCCAGCCCCUGGGCAAGGGGGGCAGGCAUGAGAACACCCAUUGGCGGACUCUGGUCUCCCUUGGGGACUGCAGCAGGAGGGACAGGUGGUUAGACUUGAGGGGGCACUUUCCAGGCCAGGGCCCUCCCAUGACAGAGGGAGCUAGAUGCUUGAGAUGAAUUCUUGACUCCAGGUGGCCCUUGUUACUCCUGAAAGCCACGGAGAAGGGAGGGAGAAGAGAGCAUGAGUCUGCUUGAGAUCCUGGUGGGUUUGUAAUUAUGCCUAAGUUGUUGCUAAUUAGGGGGCUGCUAAUUAGAUGUAUCAUUAGGGGCCUUGCAUAGGGGGCUAAUUGUGUGGUGGCCCUUUAAGAAUCCCCCCUCUCACCACCCACACACACACACACACACACACACACACACAGACUCCUCAGGGAAGUUCUGCCAACAUUCUGCCUCCCUCCCCCAGGAGCCAGCUCCCUGCCCGUGAGUAUGUGGGCGUGUUUUGGGGGCAGGCUGUGAGUUAGACUGAUAGAAGAACUUCCAGACAGAAAUGCAAGUUACCUGGAGAUCUGAAGCCCCCAGCAGCCAGAGGAGACCGGAUCAGGGAAGUGGAGGCGGAGGCUCGGAGGACCCCUCCUUCUUCUCUCAGAACCUUUUUUUAAUAGGCUACUGGGUUACCAAGACAACGCAACAGUGGGGCAGAGGAGCUGGGAGUUGAGGCCACUCUAGGAGAGAGAAAUGAAACCAGAGUUGGUACUAGGGGCUUGGACGAGUUUUUAACUUCUGAGCCUUGGCCCUCCCCAAAGUGAGGUGGUGUCAUUUGGAAUGGGGAGCUCAGGGAAGGUGACGUCUGAGUGGAGAACUGGAGAAGAGAGGGCGAAUAUGUGGGGAAGAGUGUCCCAGGAAGGGGGAACAGCAGGUGCAAAGGCCCUGAGGCAAGAACUUGUCUAGUAUGUGAGGAACCUCGAGAUGGCUGGAGCCAUGCAAGCAAAGCAUACAGGGAGAGAGAUGAAGCCAGAGAGGGAAAGAGGGAGGCAGAUCCUGUGAGAUCUUAUGAGCCAGGGCAAGGGCUGUGGUUCUCUAAGGCGGAGUUGGGAGUCAUGGAGGGUUCUGAGCAGAGGGAGGAGGUGAGCUCAUUAGCGCUUUUAAUGGGAACCAAGGCAAGACAUGAGAUAGCCACUCAAACCCAGGAUUAGAGGCCAGAGGAGUUUUAUGGUGGUUUUUUUUUAAGUUUUUAUUUAUUUGAGAGAGAAAGAAUGAGCAGGGGGAGGUGCAAAGGGAAAGGGAGAAGAGCAAGGAGCCUGAUGUGGGGCCUGAUCCCAGGACCCUGGGAUCAUGACCUGAGCCAAAGGCAGAUGCUUAACCAACUGAGCCACCCAGGCACCCCCCGGGGGGGGGAGUAUUGAAACCACAGAGACCCCAUAACCCACAAAUGGGACAGAAAGCUCAACAUGGGGCCUCCCGUCACAGCUGCUGAAGACCUGGGCACCUCACAGAGACCUAUGGGUACUUGAGGGAGACACCUGCCACCAUUGCAGGGAAAAAUGUGAGUGAGAGACCCUCCAGCAGCCCCUCCCCAGCCCCGCUCAGACAAACAGACAUACCACCACAUCCCAGACCCGAGGCAAGAGCCCUCUGAGGGCCAGGUUGGAAACCAUUAGAAGGACCUAAUGAAUUUAGGGCCUCGGGACCCUCACCUCACCCACGAAAUCGUUCAGUCUGUGUUCUUUGGGGCCUGGAUUCAUUCCUCCGUUGUCUGUGGGAUUCGUCUGUGUGGCUGGGCGGGUCAACAGCCGAUUCCUUUCCAGGGCCAUAUAGCAUUCCACAGUGUGAGUGCUCUGUGCUGUCAUUCUCCGUUUACUGCCAAGAGGCAUCUGGGUUGUCUCAAGACAGGAGCUGUUAAAAAUAAAGCAGCUACGGACAUUCUCGGAUGUGCCUCUUGGCAGACAUACGACCUGUGGCUCCUGAGUGCAUGUGUACCUGGGCUGAGUCCUAGGACACAGGACGUUCAGCUGUAGUUCCUCGAACUGGACCCGACACCCUCCAUGGCUCCCUUGGCCUUAAUGGGGUUUGCACUCCUCCUGGGGACGCCCCUAUGCUCAGGGGCGGCCACCCCCACUCCCUCCCUGCCACCUCCCCCAACCAAUGACAGUGAUACCAGCACAGGGGGCUGCCAGGGCUCCAACCGCUGCCAGCCGGGGGUCCUGCUGCCUGUGUGGGAGCCCGAUGACCCGUCGCUGGGUGACAAAGCAGCGAGAGCAGUGGUCUACUUCGUGGCCAUGGUUUACAUGUUCCUGGGCGUGUCCAUCAUCGCUGACCGCUUCAUGGCAUCCAUCGAGGUCAUCACAUCAAAGGAGAAGGAGAUUACCAUCACCAAAGCCAAUGGUGAGACCAGCGUGGGCACCGUCCGCAUCUGGAACGAGACGGUGUCCAACCUCACACUCAUGGCCCUGGGGUCCUCAGCCCCUGAGAUCCUGCUGUCUGUCAUCGAGGUCUGUGGCCACAACUUCCAGGCGGGCGAGCUGGGCCCUGGCACCAUCGUGGGCAGUGCUGCCUUCAACAUGUUCGUGGUUAUUGCCGUGUGCAUCUAUGUCAUCCCAGCCGGCGAGAGCCGCAAGAUCAAGCACUUGAGAGUCUUCUUUGUCACUGCCUCUUGGAGUAUCUUCGCCUACGUCUGGCUUUAUCUCAUCCUUGCCGUCUUUUCCCCGGGUGUGGUCCAGGUGUGGGAGGCGCUGCUGACCCUCGUCUUCUUCCCGGUGUGCGUGGUGUUCGCCUGGAUGGCCGAUAAGCGGCUGCUCUUCUACAAGUACGUGUACAAGCGCUACCGCACCGACCCGCGCAGCGGCAUCAUCAUCGGCGCCGAGGGCGACCCCCCCAAGAGCAUCGAGCUGGACGGCACGUUCGUGGGCGCCGAGGUGCCGGGCGAGCUGGGCGGCCUGGGCCCGGGCCCCGCCGAGGCCCGCGAGCUGGACGCCAGCCGCCGCGAGGUCAUCCAGAUCCUCAAGGACCUCAAGCAGAAGCACCCGGACAAGGACCUGGAGCAGCUGGUGGGCAUCGCCAACUACUACGCGCUGCUGCACCAGCAGAAGAGCCGCGCCUUCUACCGCAUCCAGGCCACGCGGCUGAUGACGGGCGCGGGCAACGUGCUGCGGCGACACGCGGUGGACGCGUCGCGCAGGGCGUCCCCGGCCGAGGGCCCCGGCGAGGACGAGGACGACGGCGCCAGCCGCAUCUACUUCGAGCCCAGCCUCUACCACUGCUUGGAGAACUGCGGCUCGGUGCUGCUGUCCGUCACCUGCCAGGGCGGGGAGGGCAACAGCACGUUCUACGUGGACUACCGCACCGAGGACGGCUCCGCCAAGGCCGGCUCCGACUACGAGUACAGCGAGGGCACGCUGGUGUUCAAGCCGGGCGAGACGCAGAAGGAGCUGCGCAUUGGCAUCAUCGACGACGACAUCUUUGAGGAGGACGAGCACUUCUUCGUGCGGCUACUGAACCUGCGCGUCGGCGACGCGCAGGGCAUGUUCGAGCCCGACGGCGGCGGGCGACCCAAGGGACGGCUGGUGGCGCCGCUGCUGGCCACGGUCACCAUCCUGGACGACGACCACGCGGGCAUCUUCUCCUUCCAGGACCGCCUGCUGCACGUGAGCGAGUGCAUGGGCACCGUGGACGUGCGCGUCGUGCGCAGCUCGGGCGCCCGGGGCACCGUGCGCCUUCCGUACCGCACGGUGGACGGCACGGCGCGCGGCGGCGGCGUGCACUAUGAGGACGCGUGCGGCGAGCUCGAGUUCGGCGACGACGAGACCAUGAAAACUCUUCAGGUAAAGAUAGUUGAUGACGAGGAAUAUGAGAAAAAGGAUAAUUUCUUCAUCGAGCUGGGCCAGCCGCAGUGGCUGAAGCGAGGGAUUUCAGCUCUGCUGCUCAAUCAAGGGGAUGGGGACAGGAAGUUGACAGCCGAGGAGGAGGAGGCUCGGAGGAUAGCAGAGAUGGGCAAGCCAGUUCUUGGGGAAAACUGCCGGCUGGAAGUCAUCAUCGAGGAGUCAUAUGAUUUUAAGAACACAGUGGAUAAACUCAUCAAGAAAACCAACUUGGCUUUGGUGAUUGGGACCCAUUCCUGGAGGGAACAGUUUUUAGAGGCAGUUACGGUGAGCGCAGGGGACGAGGAGGAGGAGGAGGACGGGUCCCGGGAGGAACGGCUGCCUUCCUGCUUUGACUACGUCAUGCACUUCCUGACGGUGUUCUGGAAGGUGCUUUUUGCCUGCGUGCCCCCCACCGAGUACUGCCACGGCUGGGCCUGCUUCGGGGUCUGCAUCCUGGUCAUCGGCCUCCUCACCGCACUCAUCGGGGACCUGGCCUCCCACUUUGGCUGCACCGUUGGCCUCAAGGACUCUGUCAACGCUGUAGUCUUCGUGGCUCUGGGCACCUCCAUCCCUGACACGUUCGCCAGCAAGGUGGCGGCGCUGCAGGACCAGUGCGCGGACGCGUCCAUCGGCAACGUGACAGGCUCCAACGCCGUGAACGUGUUCCUGGGCCUCGGCGUGGCCUGGUCGGUGGCCGCGGUGUACUGGGCGGUGCAGGGCCGCCCGUUCGAGGUGCGCACCGGCACGCUGGCCUUCUCCGUCACGCUCUUCACCGUCUUCGCCUUCGUGGGCAUCGCCGUGCUGCUGUACCGGCGCCGGCCGCACAUCGGGGGCGAGCUGGGCGGCCCGCGCGGCCCCAAGCUCGCCACCACCGCGCUCUUCCUGGGCCUCUGGUUCCUCUACAUCCUCUUCGCCAGCCUCGAGGCCUACUGCCACAUCCGGGGCUUCUAGGGCCCCCCACCCCACCCCGAGAGACUCGGCUGCCCCCGCUCCGGACCCGCGUCCUCUUGGUCCUCCAGAGAUGCAGCCUCCUCUCCUGGGACGCAGCCUCCCUUCCUCCUGGGAACUGUACCCCCGUCCUCCGUCCCCACGAACAUCCUCCUCCCUCCCAUCCCCUCAGGAGUCUCCCAGAGAUACCCACGACUGCAGCACAUCCCUGUUAGCUCAUCCCUGAGAUGUCCACACCCCCGGGGACAUCUCCACCUCGAGGCCCCUCCCCAGUAACCUCCUAGAGAAUCUACCGUCUGUCUACCCUAGACACUUAGCCUUCCCCUAUCCCUUAGGACCCCCUUCCUCUAGAGGACCCUCCCCAUCACCACCACCACCACCUGUGCCCCAGGACCUCGGAACCCAGCCCUCCCUGGGGGACCUUGGAAGGAGGCUGAUCCAUCCCAGGAUGUCCCCAAUCUCACCUUUCUCCCCAACCCUCAGGGAGCUCUGUUCAGCCUCCGGGGGUGGGGCAGAGGAACAGGUAGGUGCGUGCAUAGGGGGCCACAACUUCCCUGAUUUCUCCACUCAGGCCCUUGGGAGGACACUAAUCCUCGAGGCUGGGAGAAGUUUGGGGUUUCAGAGCUGGAGGAGGCACAUAUGAACCUGCAACUUCUCACAUUCCAGCGCCACCACUUGCCUCCACUACCUCUGAGAGCCCAGCUACGCCUUGGAAGGGGAGAGGGGGCCUGUGUGUAUAUAUAGUGUGUUUGGGGAAGGGGGGACGUGGGAGGGUGCAUGUCUUGGGGAAAAGGGGUGACAGACUUUCCUUUUGUGAGGGCAGCAGACUCCCCCAGCCAUGAGAAUUGGCUUUGGGGAGGAGGCCAGGAAUCAAAGGGAGUCCAGCCAUCUCCCCUGACAAUCUAGAAGGCUCAUUUUGCCCUCAGUGCCAGCCAAUCCAGGCAGGACCCUCGAAGAGGAGACCGAGGGUCCCAGAGGACCAAUGCUACAAGCCAGCAAAUGCUGCCACAUCUCUGCCUGAUGGG